AGCUCGUUCGAACAUAAAAGAAAAAGUGCAUUUUUUUGUUCGGUUCUUCGUACCGUCAGGAAUUCUCUUUUACUCUACUCUCGAUUGACCAUUUUUUUUAAAUAAUGAAUCCUGCUCAGAAGCCUGACGUUGACGUGAGUCAAUUAAGUGAAGACGAAAAGAGAAUCUUUCAAAAGUACGGCAAGUUACCCAGCAGCAAGAAUUUCCUUGCACAUAAACUAAAGGAACGUAAAUACUUUGACUCGGGCGACUAUGCCCUGUCAAAGGCCGGUAAAGAACCUUUAGCGAUUGGCUCUGAACAUCCUUCGCCCGAUACCAUUCCUCAUUCCAAUCCCAACAGCUCGACUCCUGGCGGUUCCAGCCCGGUAAAGGAAAGUCCGUUGGUUCCCGAGGAAGCAAGCAAGGAAGCUUAAGAAAAAGAAAACCUGGCAAUCGUCCAACUGUAUGUGCUUCUCUGACGUGAAAGCGACUUGGUUUUAAAUCCACUCCCUCCUCAUCCAAAUCUAUUUUUUCUUUAUCCUCGAAAAGUGUCUCCUACCUUUUGUUUUCCCCUAUUUGCUUCUUUUUCUUUUCUUAUUCAAAACUUUUCCAUUCUAUUUUGUGCCGCUUUUUUCAUUUUUUCUUCUUUAUUCUCUUUUUUUUUUU